GCAGCUCGUUGCUGAUUACAUGCGCACGCUUACUUUUCUGUUCUUGUGAGGCGCACAAGAUGAGAGGAGGAUAUAAAUGCAAGGAGGUGAAAGAAAGAAAUGAUGAAAGUUCUUACUGUGGAACUGAGCUUUGUCCUGUUCAGGACAAACAGUUUGUGGUUUCAGCCGAGUCUCACUCACCUGUUCCCGGUGUGACGUUUCAGGACGUAGGCCGUAAGAAAGGUACAAGAUGUUCCAGUUUCAGUGGUGAGAAGGUGUAUCUUGGAGUCCGUGUUAAAAUGCCAGUGAAAGAUUUGCUGAGAAAUGUUCGCCUUGCUCAAGGAUGGAAUCCUCAUGAUUUUCAGGAGAAAUAUGGCAAAACAUGCAAAGUUGAAAAGAAACGAGUCGCAACUUGCUUAAGCUGCCAGACUACCAGGAGAAAACAUCAUACAAAAAGCCUGGAGGAGCUGGCAGCUAUCAUUGAAGUGUUGGAGGAAGAUCUGAAGACUGGCAACAUCUGCAGUCCUCCGUCUCAGACCUUUUCUCCCUGUGACUCUCCGGUAUCUCCUGAGCAGUUGCCUGAAUACAAUGAUAAAUUUCAGGGAUCAUGGCAACAAUUAGCCAGCUACUCCGUUCAGUAUGAUGCUGAAAAGCACUUGCCCAGAAUGACAGACUGCUUCAUGGCGAGUGUUGAAACACCUCCAAAUAAUAAGAGCAACAUCUACUAUUCUUCAUAUGCUAUAUCACCUUAUCAGGGUGCAGGCUACAAUAGUGAUGAAUCAGAUGAAAUGAUCCCCAGUCCACAGUCCAAUGCUUUUUCACAGGGAAAAUACCAUCAAGUCAUAUCCCCUUUGGACACAAGACACAGCACUCAUCUGGCUUCUAGUUAUAAGCUGUACCAAGAGGAAAAAAGAGAAGGCAGUGGUGGAAAAGGUGAGGAAUGCCCUAGUCUUCAGUAUGAGAACUGGAGCAGUACCAGUUUUUUCUGCACUCAGCUUCAAAAAGAGGAAAUCCGACUAAAGAACAUCUCAGAUGCAGUGCUGCUUUCCACCGAUGGACAUGGCAGAACAAUUCUGCAUAAAGUAGUGUGUCUUGGGAUGAGGGCAUUGGGGUACGCCAUUGCAGAAAGGAUGUCUACACUAAACAGCCUGAACAUCAAAGACUCUGAAGGAAUGACUGCUCUGCUGCAUGCAGCAAAGAACAACCACCACCUGAUAGUGCAAGAUCUGAUCAGUUUGGGUGCUAGUGUUAGUGAGAGGAACAACUCAGGAAAGUCCUGUCUCCAUCUCAGUGCUGAAAAUGGCUACAUCCGAGUCCUGGAGGUUCUGAAAAGAGCAAUGAUGGAUGGUGUAUACAUUGAUGUUGAAGCAACUGAUAAAUCAGGGAUGAGUGCCCUGCAGUGUGCUUCAGUGGCACUGAAGGCCACACUGUGUGAGCUGGAAAGCAGCAAAUUCCCCAGUGACACCCGGAUACACAUGCUUCGAAAAAAUCAGAUGAUGGAGACCCUAGAGUGUUUGCUGCAAAUGACCAGCUACCUUCAUUCCAUGGGUGGCGGCUAUAAAGAGAAUGUUUUUGAAGGAACAUACCAACCAGUUUAUGAAUGCAGUGGUUGUCAGAUCCUACAUAAAAAAGGUGAACCACCAUAUGCAACAUAGAAGUGGUUGAAGUCUUGGCACAUCAGUUUCUCAUGGAAUGAUGCGUUCACUACCCAGCAGGGUGUUUUGGAGACCCAACAGUAAUGUUUUGGUGUUUGAUUCUGGCUUGAAUUUCUCAUGGAGAAAAACUGAAGUUUGUUUCUUUAUGCAGGAAUUCAGGUUUCUUAUGUAAAGCAUUUGAUGUUUCGUCUGUGGUUACAAAUGCCUUGUGCAAGCAAGUGUUACCUGGAACCACCAGAGACACAUUGGGUGCCAAUCAUCUGGUUUCUGUGAAACUUCCAUGGUUUGUUACAUCGACGUAACAAAGCUAGCCUUUGGAAAUCCAGUUCUAAAGUUGAUUGCAAAUAUUACUAUACUCAGUGUGACAUCCUAAAUGUGUUUGAGCAUUUGUAUUGUGUUUUAUAAAUGCUUGAUCUUCAUUUUGCACAGCUUGCAUAGAGUUGGUCAUAUCGAUGUCCUUCUUAUCCAGGACAUUGUAGAAAACAGAGUGUGCCCAAAUGCUUGCUUUUAAGGCUGGCGGAGCAGGUUGAACUUUCAUUUGCUGCUCCUCCAUGCUAAUGGUGAGCUGAGCUAAUUCGCUAACGUAGCACAAACUCUUGUAUGGAAGCCAAGAGCAACUCCACAUUUACAACAGUGAGGAGAAACUGA